AUGUCCAAAAAUAAAAAAAAAGAUUUAUUUGGUGGUGAAUUUUCAAAACAAACAAUUGGUUUAGAUUUUAAGGUUAAAUCAGUAAAUAUUGGAAAUGAUAAAAUAGUUAAAUUUCAAAUUUGGGACUCAACAAAUAAAUAUGGAAAUGAAUUACAAAGUUAUUAUUUUAAAAAAAAAAAUGGUUAUUUAUUAUUAAUGGAUGUUACAAAUCAAUCAUCUUUUCUAAAUCUACCAUUUUGGAUAAAUCAAAUUAAUGAAAUGCAUAAAAAGUAUGCCAGUAAUAGUGAUGAUGAAAUUCCAAAAAUAGUAAUUAUUGCUAAUAAAUCUGAUGAAAUUGAAAAAAUUGUUAUUGACAAGAAAACAGCUCAAAAUUAUUGUGAUUCUUUAUCAAUACCUUUAUUUUAUGUAUCUGCAAAAUCAAAUGAAAAUAUUGAUGAAGCUUUUAAACUACUUCAAAAUUUAAUACUUAAAAGUGAAAUUCCACAUGAACUACCACCACAACAAUUUCCAUUAACCUCUAAUUUUUGUAACAUUUUGUGA